AUGAAACUCCUGUUUAUAGCCACCGCCAUCUUUGCUGUUGCCGUUGCUGGCCCAACUCGUUUCUUCAACCCCAGUGCCGCUGGAUCUGCUCCCAGUCUUAUUGGCGAGUCAGUCAUCGUCGCCCCCAUUGAACUGCCUGAGGUCGAGCCUACCCCAGUGGAAGUCGUUGAGCAGCCUGAUAUCCCCGAGUCAGUCAUCGUAGUACCCAUUGAACUGCCUGAGGUCGAGCCUACUCCAGUGGAAGUCAUUGAGCAGCCUGAUAUACCCGAGUCAAUCAUCGUAGCACCCAUUGAAUUACCUGAGGUCGAGCCUACUCCAGUGGAAGUCAUUGAACAGCCUGAUAUACCCGAGUCAGUCAUCGUAGCACCCAUUGAACUGCCUGAGGUCGAGCCUACUCCAGUGGAAGUAAUUGAACAGCCUGAUAUACCCGAGUCAGUCAUCGUAGCACCCAUUGAACUGCCUGAGGUCGAGCCUACCCCAGUGGAAGUCGUUGAGCAGCCUGAUAUACCCGAGUCAGUCAUAGUAGCACCCAUUGAACUGCCUAAGGUCGAGCCUACUCCAGUAGAGGUCAUUGAGCAGCCUGAUAUACCCGAGUCAGUCAUCGUUGCCCCUAUUGAAUUGCCUGAGGUCGAGCCUACUCCAGUGGAAGUCAUUGAACAGCCUGAUAUACCCGAGUCAGUCAUCGUAGCACCCAUUGAACUGCCUGAGGUCGAGCCUACCCCAGUGGAAGUCAUUGAGCAGCCUGAUAUACCCGAGUCAGUUAUCGUAGCACCCAUUGAACUGCCUGAGGUUGAGCCUACUCCAGUGGAAGUCAUUGAGCAGCCUGAUAUACCCGAGUCAGUCAUCGUAGCACCCAUUGAAUUACCUGAGAUCGAGCCUACUCCAGUGGAAGUCAUUGAGCAGCCUGAUAUACCCGAGUCAAUCAUAGUAGCACCCAUUGAACUGCCUGAGGUCGAGCCUACUCCAGUGGAAGUCAUUGAGCAGCCUGAUAUACCCGAGUCAGUCAUCGUUGCUCCUAUCGAGGUUCAUCCCGUCAUCACCCUCCCCGAUGAGCUUAACUAA